AUGAAAGCCUCGCUUCUACUAUUAUCGCUCGUCCCGACGCUGGGCCUCGCCGUCGAGGCCGACAAUCAAAUAUCUCCCGCCGUCGCUCCGAGCCCCUCGGUGCCAAACACCACUCCGCCCGCCCCGUUGCCAGAAGUUCAAAUCGCCUCGCCUCGAGAACAUGGAGUCGCGAUCCCCUUCGAAGCUCGUCAGCUACAUCCCGCCGCGGUCGAGCCCGCCGACGUGACGGUUACCGUUGCCGCAGAGGACCCUCUCCCGACGACAGUUCCCGAUCAAUGGCCGGAGCCUGCGCGGGGGAAUAUCGGGCUCAGAGCAUUGGUCGCAUCGCCGGGCGUGACGAAGUCGCUGCGGGCGCGGAGUGAAGGAACCCUAGGUCAGACGCCGUGGAUUGGAAUGGCUAUCGGGUUGACCUGCACGGCACUUGCUGCCGUGAUGCUGGGGUGA